AAAAAUCAACAAUAUAUAUAUAGAACAAAAAUUAAAACCAUGUAAAAAUAGAUGCCGCAGGAAAAGUGACAUGAGAGUAAAAAAUGUUUAUGUUUUCUAACUUUACAGUAGUGAACGUACGUAAGACCUAUUUUCUGUUGACAAAACUUUUCGAAUCAUAAUUUUGUUGAUUAAUGUCCGUGUGUGGCCUGAUACAAAAUCACUGGUGCUACGAAUGGUGGCUAGCACAUCGGUAUAAUCUAUGAGAAUACGAAGAGUGGCGUGCUUGCUGUUUGCUGGAUUCUGUAUAAUACAGCUCACGUUAUUAUACUUUGAAAAUCUGGAUAUACAGAGAUUCAUGCCUAACGAAAAGACAAACAAGCCUUAUCGUGUUUUGAGAGGAUAUAAUAAAGAUUCAACGGGAAAAUAUCUUAUACAUCGCUUCUAUAAAUCUGAAGGAUUCAACUUGGACAGUAUUGAGCCAGAGGAUGUGACACUGGUGACGCAUUGUACGGUUGAUCGACUUCAUCAUAUCAUUGGCCUAACCGAAACAUGGGCGGGACCAAUGUCUAUUGCUAUAUUUGCUCCCGGUACGGAUUCUGCUUUUGCUGAUGACGCCAUCGAUGGACUUCGGCUGUGCUGGCCUGUUUUACGCAAGUGGGCAAAUUUUCACCUGGUUUAUCCAAAACACGAAUCUGCAAGAGCAAAUAUGUCCAGUGCAGGUGAUUUUGUAUAUCUUUCAUGCAAAGACAUUAUGCGACGAAUGGUUCUCAAGAAAUCUCUGUUGGAGAGUCAGCACUCGCCCGGUGGAUUGGGAUAUCCUCAUAAUCUUAUGAGAAAUGUUGCUCUAAGUGGUGUGCUGACAAAUUUUGUUUUGACCGUUGAUAUAGAAAUGAUUCCGAGUGAAAAUCUAAGAAAGAAUUUUUUAGAAUUUGCAAAAGAGAAUCAUCUUCAUCCAAAACCACACACAGUUAAGAACAAUCAGGAAAAUACAUCAGUGAACAAGACUGUAUUUGUUGUACCUGCAUUCGAAGUUAAGAAAGAUUCUGAAAUCGGUGGCACGAAGCAAAGUAUCCUUGCUGCGAUGAGAAAAUCUGACGCAAGACCAUUACUACAGGAAACAUGUCCACAAUGCCAAGUACAAACAAAUUAUGAAAAAUGGGCCUCGACAUCCGGACUUGUUCACCAAUUUGGAGUUGCAUACGAAGCAGAAUUUGCUACAGGAUGGGAACCGUUUUUUAUCUCUAGUAGAAUGGCGCCUUGGUUUGACGAAAAACUAACAAAAUUUGGACACGAUCGGUUAUCACAAAUAUGUGAACUGAAGAGCAAUGAAUACACAUUUAAAGUCAUAAAUAACGGGUUUUUGAUUGUUGCAUCUUUCCGAAUAAAAUCGCGUAUGACAGAGGAAGAACACAUCCGGAAAGAAAACAAAAUCACCUUCAAAGAUCAAUUCCGUGCUGGACUUAGAAAAAGUGGGAGAAUAGCUAGUGACCUGAUUGGCGUCUGCUAAAAGAAAAAUUUACGGAAUCAUAGCAUAAUGGUUGAUGAAUGUCGUCGCGGAGGCGUAAAGGAUAAAGAAACAUUUAUUUCAACGUUUAUACGACCCUCAGUCGAAAUAAAAUAUCACUUACAUUCAUUGCAUUGUAUCCAUGGCAAACAUAUAUAUAUAUAUGCCUAAAACAAGACGAAAUUGAAAGUCACAGAAAAUCAAACAACAUUGGUUUGUAUUGUUCUGUAUUAUAGUUACCAAGUUUCCCCGAAAAUAAGACAAGGUCUUAUUUCAAUCUUCUUUCGAAAAAUAACACUGGGGUUUAUUUUGGGGAGAUAUCUUUUGUUUUCCUUCAUCAAAAACAAAAUUACAAAGUAGGUGAAAACGAGAUUUUUAUUUAAAUAUACAUAAUAUGAAAACCGGUAUCCAUUUACUUAUAAAUAACACGUUUUUAUUUGGAAGAAAAAAUGCUAAACAUAGUCUAUUCAAAAAUGACCAAUCAUUUAUAACGUGUAGGGUAGAUUUCUUGCUAUCGACUAGGUAAAAAAUAUCGCGCUAUCGACUAGGUCUUAUUUUGAGGGGAGGGCUUAUAGUGAAAUCAUUUUUAAAAUUCAGGCUAGGUCUUAUUUUCGGAGAAUCCAAGUCUUCCAUUAUGGUUUUAUCAAACUUUAUAUCCCUGCAUUUCUUCAAUACGCAAUAUCAGAAAACUGAUUAAAAAUUUGGAUGCAAAAAAUGAGAGCACGAUAAUAAAUUUUAUUUUAUCCAGUUA